AUGGAUAUUCAAGUCAGAACUUUACUUACUCAAAAUGGAUUUAAUUUAUCAUUAUCACUGCCUCCAGCAACUUUUGAUUAUCCAUCAUUCACUCAUAAAUUUACAAUUACUAAUUUAAUUGCAGAAGUUCCUGAAAAUUUUGAGAAAUCUUUUAGUAAUUAUAGUAGUUCUAUUUGUUCAAUUCUCAAGCUUUUUGGUGUUCCAAAAGUUUUUAAGAAAUUAGAAGGUUCAAAAAUGUGUUUUGGAUUGCUUGGAUUGGAUUGUUUAACUUUUGCUUCAUCAUUUACUCAAUUAAGUAGAUUUUAUUAUUUUUAUUUGAAAUAUGCAGGUAGUUGUCCUCAAGAAUUUAUUGUAAAAAUUCUCGAAACAGCCAAUACAAAUUUAAAAGAUAUUCAUCUAGAUUUAAAAGAAAUUGAUGCUAUUAAAUUAUUAUGCAAAAUGGCUAAAAAUAUACUGGAAUCACUUGAAACUGUCAAAAUUGGAAUGGAGAAAUUUACUGCUGAUA